UGAGAAAUAAGAGGAACGCGGGAUCCCAAAAUUAAGUGAGCGGGAUCGCACCAAAACAGUGUUGCCCCGAUGAGAAAAAAAAACGCUAAGAAAAUUGCUCGGGCUUUGUCAGAGCAAGAAGUCGAUAAUCUCCUCUCCCUUCGAAGUAGCAAUCCAACGGCCAUUUCUCCGGUAGCUUCUUCGGCCAUCUCUUUGAAAUUGGCUGGAAGCUCAUCUAUAGGGGUUUUACUUACAGCAGCAGGAACAACGGAAGGCUGAACACCGCCCCUUAAACUCAGAGAAGUGUGUUUUCUUUCUGAUGUCAUUGUUGAUCCAAGACAAAAUCUUGAGAUAGAAAAACCAUCUUCACUCUUUGAAUCGAAGAACAUCUUUCCACGUUGCAGGUGAAAUGGCAAUGGAACCAGUUAACGUGAGCGAGUUCCAAGAGCUGGCUAGGCAGGUUCUUCCAAAGAUGUACUAUGAUUUCAUUACCGGUGGAGCUGAGGACCAGCACACUCUUCAGGAGAACAUAGAAGCAUUUCGUAGAAUUACGUUUCGACCGAGGGUUCUUGUAGAUGUGAGCAGAAUAGAUCUGUCAGCUACAAUACUGGGUCAUAACAUUUCGGCACCCAUCAUGGUUGCUCCCACUUCAAUGCAUAAAUUAGCACAUCCUGAAGGCGAAGUUGCAACUGCAAGAGCUGCAGCAGCUUGUAACACUAUCAUGGUAUUGUCUUCUACGUCAUCCUGCACUUUGGAGGAGGUGGCUUCCAGCUGCAAUGCUGUUCGUUUUUUUCAGUUAUAUGUAAUGAGAAGACGAGAUAUUUCGGCUCAAUUCGUGCAGAGAGCUGAAAGAAAUGGAUACAAGGCUAUUGUUCUGACAGCUGAUACUCCUCGACUUGGUCGAAGGGAGGYGGAUAUAAAAAACAGACUGGUCUUGCCUCAGUUGAAGAAUUUCAAAGGAUUGAUAUCAACAAAACCUGUUUCUGAAAAAGGUUCUGAUCUUGAAGCUUUAGUGUCUGGAAUGCUGGAUGCUUCUUUGAGUUGGAAGGAUAUUGAGUGGUUGAAAUCCAUAACAAACUUGCCGAUUCUGAUCAAAGGAACACUCACAGCAGAAGAUGCUGUAAAAUCAGUGGAGGCCGGGGUUGCAGGGAUAAUAGUAUCCAACCAUGGAGCACACCAGCUUGAUUAUGCACCAGCCACCAUUUCUGUUCUGGAAGAGGUGGUUCAGGCUGUUGGGGGAAAAGUUCUUGUUCUCUUUGAUGGAGGAGUACGGCGUGGAACAGAUGUUUUCAAGGCCAUAGCUCUUGGUGCCCAAGCUGUUCUUGUUGGGAGGCCUGUGUUCUAUGGGCUAGCAGAAAAAGGAGAAUAUGGGGCCAGGCGGGUUAUAGAAAUGCUAAGGGAUGAGCUUGAGCUCACCAUGGCCCUCUCAGGCUGCUGUUCCAUCAAGGAAAUUACCAGGAGGCAUAUUCAGACACAGAGUGAGAGAUUGCACUCAUUGCUAUAGCAUUGGCAUUAAGUGAAGGGAUAUAUCCAAAUUAUGUGCCGUGUUUCAUUUGAAACAUCAAGCAGACUCAAUAGAUUCAAGAGUAGGGUUCGAUAACCAAAUAACAAAAUCUUUUUCCUUGGGAUCUGCAUCCAUAUUUUGUGUGCUAGACAUGUCCAGAAGAUACCGUGUUGAUGGAAACUAUAUAUCUCUUGUAAUUUAUCUUUUGUUAUGGCACCGAUAGCUUUCUU